GCCCUGCCAAAGGGCGAACCAGCUUUCUAUAACCGUGACAUCCUCCGCUUGCACCUUGUACCAUCUUCUUCUCUUUUCCCGCUCAACUAUACCCUUUCACAUCAAACUUAUCGCUCGACACAUCAUUUGCUUGUUAAGAAGAUCAUAGCAUGGUUGAUCAAGUGGGCAGGUGGUCGGCUGGACCCUCUUACGGCCCUGUGCUUUCACAGACGGAUCUUUAUCUUUUAAACACUGACCUCCAUCUAAACCCGAUCUUGGAGAACACAAAUCCUUCCUUCCACUUAAUUUUCAAUCUUGCAUCUGGUCAAACUGGAGGUUUCAAUUCUGAAGCUCGAGAUCACGAUCUUCCCUUCGCAGCCAAGGACGAACCUGCGACUCUCCCCCGUGUUUCCGAUCUCAUUAUCAUAACCGAACUAAGUCCCUGGUGCACAGUAGUGCACAAUGAUCAUGGAGUCACUAUGGGAGAUGUCUGCACUAUGAUCUGGAAAGAUUACACGGACCACUAUGUCACUGAAAGUGAAUUCGGAGCCUUACCUCCUCGGUUACAAGAACAGAUCAAACGGGCUGCUUCUCACAACGGUCAAGGAGGGCAGGGGUGGAAUGCUUAUUAUACACCCCAAGUAAUGCCCAACCGUUACAGACGAGUAGAUUGGCUCCGCGACAAGAUUUUCUUCGAAUGCCUCUUGAAGAAAGAUACUUAUGCUAUGGCUCGCCUUGGAUUCAAGGCUCCAAACAUUUUUGUUAUGUCGUUAACUUCCUAAUCUCUGGGUGUAUUUACACCUACAUUUGCGAUCCAAUAUUCCUAUCACAUACACUUAUUGUAUACAUCCUGUAUUCAUAUCAACACGAAUCGAAGCCUUGCCGUAUUGGAUUGACCGCUCUCAUCUGUAC